AUGACCAGCUUCUGUCCAGAGUGUGGCAAAAAUACCGAAUCGACGUUCAAGUUCUGUCCCUACUGUGGAAAAUGUUUGCCCACAGGGGAGCCUGCAGGAUCCCCCACCUUCGUCAGACCGCUGGUGUCCUUCCGAGGCUUGAAGAGAAGUCCGAGCUCCAGUUCUGAAGCCUCUUGCAAAAAAGUGAAGUGGUCCAGCACGGUCACCUCCCCGCCAUCGUUGCUCUCAGAUGAGGACAGCUCAGAGUCUGAAGAGCUCUUGAGUCCCUCUCAUGGCUCCAGAGGUACGAAUCGGGGGCCCCCGACCUCCAAAAGCAGCCCCCAGUCAGCCCGGCAAAGCUCCCAGACCCUGAAGCGGAGCCGGGUGACCACCUCACUGGAGGCCCUGCCCGAGGGGACGGUGCUGGUGGACAAGAGCAGACAGUGCUGGAAGCUGGGGUCCCUCCAGACCAGGGAUGACCAGGGCAUUCUCUAUGAAGUUGAGCCCAUCUCCACCCCUCCCUCUGCCUUCACCUGCCAGUCAGGUUCCCAGAAACAAAGAUUCUCUCUGAAGCUGGACGCCAAGGACGGACGUUUGUUCAAUGAGCAGAACUUUUUCCAGCGAGCCGCCAAGCCUCUGCAGGUGAACAAGUGGAAGAAACUGUACUCCAUCCCACUCCUGGCCAUUCCCACCUGUGUCGGCUUUGGCAUCCACCAGGACAAGUACAGGUUCGUGGUGCUCCCCAUGCUGGGGAGAAGCCUCCAGUCGGCCCUGGACGACUGUCCGAAGCACGUCCUGUCCGAGAGGUCCACGUUCCAGAUGGCCUGCCGACUGCUGGACGCCCUGGAGUUCCUCCAUGAGAACGAAUACGUUCACGGCAACGUGACCGCGGAGAAUAUCUUUGUGAAGCCAGACGACCUGAGCCAGGUGAUGCUGGUGGGCUACGGCUUUACCUUCCGCUACUCUCCAGGUGGCAAGCACGUGGCUUACAUGGAAGGCAGCAGGACCCCGCACGAGGGGGACCUCGAGUUCAUCAGCCUCGACCUGCACAAGGGAUGCGGGCCCUCCCGCCGCAGUGACCUCCAGACCCUGGGCUACUGCUUGCUCAAGUGGCUGUACGGGUGCCUGCCCUGGACAAACUGCCUCCCCAACACCAAGAACAUCAUGAAGCUGAAGGAGAAGUACAUGGACAGCCCAGAGUCCCUCAUGGAGAAGUGCAGAAGGCAUAACAAGCCCUCAGAGACCCUGCAGGAGUACCUGAAGGUGGUGAUGGCCCUCGGGUACUACGAGAAGCCGCCCUACACCGUGCUGAGGAACAAUCUGGAGGCCCUGCUGCAAGACCUGCAGGUGGCGGCCUACGAUCCUUUGGACCUGCACAUGGCGCCAUAG